AUGGACUCAAUCGUCUCAAUUACCAAAAACAACCGACAUCAGGCAAAAGUGAAACGUCCGAAUAGUGUCGACGCUUCUCAUGUCCUCAUCUCUUGCCUUCGUGCCAUUCUGGCACGUGGCAUAUUUAUAGUUCACUCGAUUGUUACUAUCAGACAGACUGUGUUGAUUAGUGAGAGGGAAAGUGUCUGGGGAUUCGCACUGCUUUCUCUUCUCAUCGUUUUCGAAGGAGGCUACGCGAUCAUCAUGAGAGCUGGAGACGAAAGAAAAUGGUUUUGCACCAGCGUCCUACUGUACAUCGUCGCCACAGCACCGCCCAUUUGGAUUCUGGAGACUCGGAUUUGCAAUUGGAGAGCUGGUUUGGAGAAGAGUGUUCAGGGUUUUGAGACUAUUCAGCAUCCAGUUGCUCUAAAAGAUAAUAGUGAACUACGUCUCCAACUUCUUGAACAACUACUUCUUGUGAAUUUAAUUGUUGGAAGAUGGUUACUUCCAAAAGGAGAUAUCUCCAGAGAACAACUCUCACAGAUUCUGCUAGCUUAUUUGGCCAUCUCCUCGGACAUUGUGGAAUUCUUCGACGUCUUCAAGGAGAAAGUGGUCUACUCGAAUAGCAAAGUUCAAACCAUUGUGCUUUCUGCAUGGACUCUCAGUCUCCUGCAAUUUCCAUUCGUCUUGACUGUUUCGAGAGCUCGAAAAAUGCGAGUGGCAAUUACAAACGACUAUGAGCAACUGUUCGCGAGACAACGGCCUAGAAGUUGUUUUAAGGCGUUCUACGAUGUGGAUAUUUGGGCAAUUUUUCUGGCGAACGCCUUACAAGAUGUUCCAUUUCUGUUGACACGUUUGUAUCUGAUGACUGUACACAACUUGGUCACUUAUACUAUGAUAUUCUUUUUCUUCAAGAACAUGUUAAUUAUUUUGCUUCAAACUUAUAGGUCAAUAAUUAUCAUUAACGAUCGCUAUAUAAAUCCAAAGCCACCAGAUAUGGACAUAAUUGAGCACAACAUGGACCUGAUGAAGUCUAGAAAUCAAGACAUUGAUGAUGAUUUUCCAUCGUCUCCCUACCAUAAAAGUCAUCAUCAUAAGGGUCAUGAAAAGCAGAGUAAAAAGGAGAAGAAACGAGAGAAAAAGAGGGACAAGAAAAGUGGAGGUCACAAGAAUGGGAAUCGACAUAAUAAUGGAAAUGAGACACCGAAAAAGACAAGACGGUCCAGCUCGACAACGCCUACAAGGACACCAAAGCAGAGACGCACGUCGAGCCGAAGCAUUUCCGAAGAACGUGAGCAAUUGUUCCCCCGCCAUCAUGGACGAAGAAUGGAUCGCUUGGACACACUGGAGGAGACAUAA